AACAAGUCAACGAUACCGUCCACACCGGGCUCAGCCAUGACCUGUUCUCAAGGACUUUACCUGCAGACAGUAGAGUAUGGAGUGUGUGUCAGCUAAUAUCACACUCACACUUACCUCCUGAUAAAUACACCAUAGCUUCCUUGAAUCUUCUUGUAUGGAACUACUAUAGAACUAGUCGAUCAGUCUACACAUACACUCACAGUGUCAGCUCUUGAUCUUCUAUAUUGUAUGGAGACCAUGCCCAUUCUACUGUGGGCAGUAGAAAGGCGUUGUCUCGAUCUUGUGAGGGCAAACAAACAACAAAGGGGAGUAUCUGCUACAUGAUAAUAAUGGCUGACAUACUCAGGGCUGCCGAGGCUGGUGACUUGAGUGCUUUGCGAGAUGCCAUCAGGAGGGGAGAGGAUGUCAACAGUGUGAAUUGGAAUGGGAGUACUCCACUCAUGUGGGCAGCCAGGGGAGGUCACACUGGUAGUGUUAGACAGCUGCUCUCCUCAGGAGCAGUGGUGGACCUGGCUAACAAGAAUGGGAGUACUCCACUCAUGGAGGCAGCCAGGAAAGGUCACACUGACUGUGUUAUACAGCUGCUCUCCUCAGGAGCAGUGGUGGACCUGGCUAACAAGUAUGGGCGGACUCCACUCAUGGAGGCAGCCAGGAAAGGUCACACUGACUGUGUUAUACAGCUGCUCUCCUCAGGAGCCGUGGUGGACCUGGCUGACAAGGAUGGGCGGACUCCACUCAUGGAGGCAGCCAGGAAAGGUCACACUGACUGUGUUAUACAGCUGCUCUCCUCAGGAGCCGUGGUGGACCUGGCUGACAAGGAUGGGUGGACUCCACUCAUGUGGGCAGCCUAUGAAGGUCACACUGACUGUACUAGAGAGCUGCUCUCCUCAGGAGCAGUGGUGGACCUGGCUAACAAGGGUGUCUGA